AUGUCCGAGCCUGUGGAUGUUUUCCCUAUACUUGCGUUGCCUGUCGAACUCAUCUUAGAGAUCAAAAUCUGGGCCCAGUACAUCUGGGUAAACGAUCAAUUCACGCCUUCAUCUGGCACUCCGACUCGCAGGCAGGCUGCUGGCCCUUCCGAGAUUAUGAUUCGACAGGACGAAUGCUGUAGCCGCGUGAACCCUGCCGUCCUUCCAUCUUGCGUCAAGACUGCCUUUUCGCGCCACGUACUCUCCCCCGCCCACUGUCUGAGCCAGACGUGCCACUUUCUGCUUGAUGUCGUGCGUGGUGGCGAUUCACGCACGUGGGAGAGCGACAACGCGUUGCUUCAUUUCAAGGCGGACGAUGCUGGCAUUGCGCGGCACUCCAGCAUUAAAAACGUCGCAUAUCAGUCGCAGACCCUCAUUGCCUCACCAACGUGCACCUGUCCACUGAACAGGAUUCGGGCUUUCUACGACAGCCUGAAGGAUGUCAAACUCUCGCUUCCUUGGGCCACGCCCACCCACCCAUACAAUAAUGAUGUCUUUACUAGAAAUCAUAUCGUUACGAGCCCUCUUGAGCGCUUUGAUCUUGAAUAUCUCGACCCCCCUCGUGCGGCGGACAUCCCCUCUCCAUCUAUGCGCUUUGUUCGUAGCAACUCCGUUACAUUCUCGCGCACCAUCCAUGCCCCGUUCUUCUAUUCGUCAACCGCUAUGACCUCGCUCUGCAUACGGUACACUAUCGCGGAACCCAGCUUCGGCCAAAGCUUUUGGAGUGGCCUGGCCCUCUGCUCUGAGAGCCUUGAGUACCUGACUCUCGACGCACCGAGCACAAUGUACAUCGGUGGCGAGAACUUCAUCCAGCUGCGAAGACUACGCUAUAUCCGACUUGUAUCCCCUGCGGCGGAGUGCGCCUGGUUGCUUCAGGCCCUGCAACUGCCUGCUGACGUGGACAUACACCUCGAACCAGUUUACGACUGGAGAUGGGCAGCGGAGCAAGCGGUGAACGUUUUAUUGGACAGCGGUCAUGCGUGGCCCUUGGAGGUGCCUUUCACUGCCAUGGAGGACGCCGCAGACGCGGACACCGACCUCCGCCCUCAUGGGCAUUGGCGAUUCAUGGCGGCUUUGGCAGCACCCGAUCAAACGUCGAGCAUAUUUCACACGCCACCUCUCAUACACAUCCGACCGGAGAAUCUGAGCGAUAAGAUGAGGGUUGUCGCGUUGGACGUCAGGCUCGACCCGUCUACAAAUUCCGCCGAACGGGCCUGCAGUCGUUUCCCAGAAAUCGUUGGCGUCGCGUUCGCGAGCACAUUGCAGGAAUUAUUGGACCGCGGCGCGGCAAUUGAACCUGACUGGUGA